AUGGACGCUGCGUCGUCGUUGUCUUUCCAAGAUCGUGCGAUUGCCAUCACAGGCGGCGCCUCAGGUAUCGGACUUGCUGUGGCCAAAACACUACUUAUGCUCGGAGCCACCGUCUACAUUGCGGACCUCGCCCAGGAUGUGCCAAACGACUUGAAAGAUUGUGAGAGGGUUCACUUCAUGGGAAAAUGCGACGUCACCAAGCGGACAGCCUGCAAAGAGUUCAUCGAUUCUAUUCCAGGUCGCGUUGAUGGGCUGGUGACCUGUGCUGGAGUCGCACCCUUUGAGGGGAAACUGGCCCCAGAUGAGAUCUUCCAGCUGGAUAUGAAUGUCAAUGUCGCUGGCACGUGGAAUGUGGUGACAGAGACAAUUCGCCGGAUGACUGGACAAGAGCAGCUCGUUCGAGCAGGAACCGUCCCGGGCACUGUGCGCGACGUCGGGCAGGGGUCCAUUGUGACCUUUGGCAGCGGAGCGGCCUUACGGGGGGUCCCGGGCCUUGCAGCUUAUUGUGCGUCCAAGCACGCAGUCCUCGGGCUCACACGUACUUGGGCAAAAGACUUCCCAGGUCUUCGGGUCAACAUGAUUGCUCCCGGUCUGACCGACACGCCCAUGGCACAGUCUACCAUGACAGCCAACACAGACGCCUCUGCCCGCGAUCUGGCAAAGAACCUGGUUGCUGGGACACCCAAGGGGAGAUUAGCCUACCCAACCGAUAUUGCCGAUGCAGUCAUCUUCUUGCUUUCGGACUGGUCGAGCUUCAUCACGGGUCAGGCUCUACCCGUGAACGGAGGGAAUUUCUAG